AUGACGGUUGACGAUCAUGUUCGGUUUGAAUAUCUUGGCAAUACUCCAUCGUCCGAUGUGCCGAGGUUCUUUCUAAUUUUCCUGUCAUUAGUGAUUCAUGCAAUAUUCUUUGCUAUGCUACCGAAUACAUUGACACCGUUGAAAAAAAGUUAUAUUGUUUCGACAUUACACGCGGUUGUAUGUGUGAUUAGUGUGGUGAACUUCUUUGCGAAGUAUUCUGCUAAUUUCACACAGAUCAAUCGCAUUGAUGGUGGAGGAGUUUAUGGAACCGGUGAUGAAAUUAUGGCUUAUAGUAUCGCUUAUUCACUCGGUUAUUUUAUCUAUGAUUUAUUAUUAAUGUUAUACGAGGAAUCCGUGCGAACACCAACUGCUCUGGUUCACCAUGUUAUUGUUUUAAUUGGACUCACUUCAGGUAUAACAAAUGGUAUUUGUCAUACCUGUCAUUUCUAUUUACUAGCGGAAGAAUUGUCUACAAUUCCAUUGAAUCUCAAAGCAAUCUACCAUGACCGUGCGCGUUUACAUGAUUUUUUCGGGUAUUUAUUCAUCUUCACGUUCUUCCUUAGUCGGAUAGUUUACGGAUCGAUUAUUUGUGGAUAUGCUUUCCGAGGCGCACCUACAUUUCUUCGCGCAGCUAUGAACGCAGGUGAUUAUUCAAGUUUUGUUAUUGGAAUAUUACAAGCCGGUCUAUGUUUACUGACACGAGUUUUGAAUGUUUAUUGGUCAAUGUUAAUCUUACACAAGGUUUGCUCGUCUUCGAAAUCAAAGAAGACAAAAGCAUCAUAG